AUGAGCAAUUGUUUUGAUUCCACCACUAAUGAUUUCAAAGUGUGGAGAUUGUUGAGUCGUUUUGACUUUGAGUCUAGGCCCAAUGCUAAGGCUGAGGUUUACUCUCUUAAUGCAGUUUCAUGGAAGAAUAUUUCUCAUAUUACACCACAAUACCGUAUCCCGUCUUCUUUUAUUUUUAAACGUCAGUCUAUACCCUUCGUUAAUGGCGCAUUGCAUAUGAUUGCUUGUGAUUGUACCAGUUUAGGUAAGGGAACGAAUUUGGUGCUUGUCUUUGACGUCAAAGAUGAAAACUUUCGCGAGAUAUUAUUGCCCGACUGUUUGAUGAAUUAUGAUUCGGAAUGUAUGUUGUUUGUUAUCGCAUAUGGGCAAUCAAUUGCAGUUGUUCAUAUUUAUGAAACCGCUAUGAAGAAUGAUAUAUGGGUGAUGAAAGAGUAUGGCGUGUACAAUUCAUGGACCAACUUAGGCAAGUUGCACAAUGAAGACAGAGCAUCAGCUGCAAUGUUCUUCAGGAAGAAUGGGCAAUUCAUGAUGGAUUCUUUUGGGAAAUUUUUUUCAUUUGAUUUUGCUACCCAAAGUUUCACACAUCUCUUCCCGGAUUUGGAGGAAAUCAAGGCUAUCCAGGGUACGGUGGGUACGGUGGAACGUUGGCCUGCUUCUGUUUUUACCUAUAUGGAGACCCUGGCCUUACUUGAUAGAGGAAACUUGAAGAUGAAUCAGGCCAGUCGCAAAAUUUAGGAGAUUCAACCAAUUAACUUGGUUAAUACGACAUAUGUCCAGAUCAUCAACGACAGCUCAGCUCCAGCUAAGGUACAGCUCAGCUCCAGCUAAGAUACAACUCAGCAAUAUAGUAGGAACGGUUAUUCUGUUUUGUAUAGGUAGAAAGGGUUAUUCUGUUUUGUAUAUAAAUAGCUUUAGGCUUUAUUUUUCAAUCUAAGUUUGUAAUAUACAAGCUUCAAUAUAAUUCAAGUUCUUUUGUUCUCUGGUUUCCAAUAUGGUAUCAGAGCGGGUCCGAGCCCGGGAUCAGGCAUUGCCGCCGGAGUUGCCGCCGCAUUAUUAGUUUUCUUCUCCGUUGUAUCGCAUCAAACCGGAUUGAUGAUUUCAUUUUGAGUUUCUUCUCCGUUGUAUCCAAGUGAACCGGAUUGAAUUUGAUUGAUUGUUGAUUUGAUUCUCCGAUUGUACCGAACUGGAUGUCCAGUCCCAGCGGUCCGGAUUGAUUUCUGUUUCAAUUUGAUUUUUGAUUGAUUGUUCAUCGUUAUUGAUUGAUUGAUAUUCUUGUUUGAAGCUACAUCAAUGGCAGCUAAUUGAUUCGAUAAAUUUGAUGAUUCCUAUUGUUCAGUUUCAUAUUCAUCCUUUAAUCAUCGCUAUCGGUUCAAUUUCAGGUUAUUUUGAUCAGUUCGUUAUUCUUGAUUUCAGGUUCUUUCUCAUCAAUUUUUCUUUCGAUUAAUGUCUGACUUGUUUUUGUUAACUGCUCUUUGAUUUUAGUCUCAAUUCAUUGCUAUCGUUCUUUUUCCCUCUGUUCAUAUGAUUGUGAAGUCUCUAAUUCGUUUUUUGUUGUUGAACAAAAUCAGUUUGUCAAUUGAGAUCAAUUCCCGCGUGCUCUGAUUUUCAUUUGUCAUAUCAGUUCCUGAUACUUAAAUCAAACUUUACUAUAGUCAAUUUUUAUUUUUCACUUUCUAUUGAUCUCUAUUUCGUUUUCUUCAUUCCUAUAUCAAUUCUUGACUUCUUUGCUUCUUUGAGUCAAUAUAAAAUCCAUCUAAAAUUGUUCUCAGCUUCUCAUGAUUCAAUUUUUAGAAAUUAUGAUGAAUUUGAUUGUAACUGUUAGUUUGACAUUCUUCAAAUUUUAUGAAAAAGAGAUUUCAGUUAAGCACAUUAUAUGUUUGACAUAAUUCCUCAGCAAAAAUCUAUUCAUUGAUGGAUUGAAAUUCUCCAUGCUCAUUAGCGGUGUAUUAGUUUUGUUGAAGCUGUAAUCAAUGGUGCAAAGUUUGAUAAUAUAGUAUUAGUAAAGGAGGAUUGAUUCGGUCGACGCAAAUGAUCUGAAACAUGAGUUGGAUUAUUGUUCUAAGUUGGAUCUUCUUCCAACUAUACUUAAGAAGAUUUGGUGUUGAUCAUGUAAUUUCUUUUACCUGUGUGAGAGCUGUUAUGGGAGCAUCAAAAAGCUUCUUAUUUUGAGGUCUGCAAAAGGUUCACAUUUCACAGUGCUACUUUUCUGGAAGCAUUAGAGGCAUGUGAUGGAGCUAAUAAAUAGAAAUAUACAAUUAGAUUUUGAGCAGAUUGUAUGAGAUUGUGGAUAAUUGUGGUUCUACUUACAACUUUUGGCAAAGAUUGCAUGGUAUUGUGGCUGUUCUGCUAGCAACUUACUGCACACACGUUUGCAACCAUUUUUAUAUCAAGCUGGUCAUAUUUAUUUGAUAAAUAUGUACCAGCUUGAGGGGGGAUAAUACGACAUAUGUCCAGAUCAUCAACGACAGCUCAGCUCCAGCUAAGGUACAGCUCAGCUCCAGCUAAGAUACAACUCAGCAAUAUAGUAGGAACGGUUAUUCUGUUUUGUAUAGGUAGAAAGGGUUAUUCUGUUUUGUAUAUAAAUAGCUUUAGGCUUUAUUUUUCAAUCUAAGUUUGUAAUAUACAAGCUUCAAUAUAAUUCAAGUUCUUUUGUUCUC